UCGGGCGACGGGCGGAACUCCCGCGCUUGUGCUGAGCAUUUUAUUUUGAAACGCUCCUCCGGGGCUCUCGGUUUUCACUCACGUUGGCUUAACGCUGCUGCGAGCGAGCAGGCGGAGAGGAACGGCAUCUAAAAACCGACUUGGAAAAACUACUUAGCGAGCUCCUACUGUCGGCCUUGAGGGGGCACCAGCAUGAGUCAGGAGUCACUGGAGUCUGAUGGAGACUCUGCUCAGGAUGUCUCCGACUUCAACUGGGACGACUACCUGGAGGAGACUGGAGCGCUGUCUGUGCCCCAUCACGCAUUCAAACAUGUGGACCAGGGUCUGCAGACUGGACUCUCCCCUGGCAUGAAGCUGGAGGUGUGCGUGCGCUCAGAGGCUGACAGUCCUUACUGGGUGGCCAACAUCAUCACCACAUGUGGCCAGCUGCUGCUGCUACGCUACGAGGGAUACCAAGACGAUCGUCGUGCCGACUUCUGGUGUGACAUCAUGACGGCGGAUCUCCACCCGCUGGGCUGGAGCCGGCAGCAUGGGAAGACCAUGAGGGCCCCCGAGGGUGUGCGUGAGAAGCACCAGGACUGGGAGGCUCUGCUGGAAAAGGCCUUGGCUGAGGAGUGCAGUGCGCCUGCCAACCUGCUGGAAUUGCCCCAACGUGGAAGAGACCCUGUGGAGCUCCUGUGUGCGGGCUGCUACGUGGAGCUCCAGGACAAUAAUGACCCGGGGCUGGCCUGGGCUGCCGAGGUGGAGGAGAAUGUCGGAGGAAGGCUGAAGCUGCGCCUCGUAGGCACUGAGGGCCUGCCAGACACACCUACAAUCCUCUGGCUCUUUUACCUCCACCCACGCCUCCACCCACCCGGCUGGGCCAAAGAGCAUGGCUGCACCCUCAGGCCUCCGUCAGACCUGCUGGCCCUGCGGACAGAGGAAGAGUGGGAGGAGGUGAGACAGCGCAUCAGCGACCUGCCUCAGGAUGAAGCUCUGACUGCAGAGUUCAGUAAGGAUCAGCCUGCCAUUGCUGCUCAUUGUUUCAAGGAAGGAAUGAAACUGGAGGCUGUUGACCCUGCUGCUCCUAUUUCCAUCAGGCCUGCAACUGUCACCAAGGUGUUCAGUGAGCAGUACUUCCUGGUGACAAUGGACAACCUUAUUGAGGAGUCUGGGGGUGCCGGAAGGUCCUUUCUGUGUCACAGAGACAGUCCAGGGAUCUUCCCUACUCAGUGGAGCCUCAAAAAUGGUCUCGCUCUAAGUCCUCCACCAGGAUACCAGGGUCCAGACUUUGAUUGGGCAGAUUACCUGAAACAGUGUGAGGCCGAGGCAGCUCCUCAGCAUUCCUUCCCAACUGAGCAGAGUGACCACAGCUUCAAAGAAACCAUGAAACUAGAGGCCGUCAACCCGCUGUCACCUGAGAACAUUCACGUGGCGACUGUCACCAGGGUCAAAGGGCAGUAUGUUUGGCUCAGCCUGGAAGGACUGAAGCAGCCCAUGCCAGAGCUGAUUGUUCAUGUGGACUCGCUAGACAUUUUCCCUGUCAGCUGGUGUGAGACAAACGGCUAUCCACUCGUCUACCCCAUCAAACCCUCAGUUGAAAAGGAGAGAAAGAUUGCCGUGGUGCAGCCUGAGAAACACCGAACUCCACCUAAGUCACCCGACACUGUCAAGCAGCAGAUGGCCAGCCAGUCAGAGACAGGACAGGGGAAUGGGAAAUAUUGCUGUCCCAAGAUCUACUUCAACCACCGCUGCUUCUCUGGGCCAUACCUUAACAAGGGACGCAUUGCUGAGCUGCCUCAGUUCAUUGGCCCUGGAAACUGUGUCCUCGUGCUUAAAGAGGUAUUGGGUCUGCUGAUAAACUCGGCAUACAAGCCCAGCCGUGUGCUGAGAGAGCUGCAGCUGGACCAGGAGAGCCGCUGGCAAGGCCAUGGAGAGACACUCAAAGCCAAGUACAAGGGAAAGAGUUACCGUGCCACAGUUGAAGUAGUCCGCACUGCAGACCGUGUAGCAGACUUCUGCAGAAAAACCUGCAUCAAGCUAGAGUGCUGCCCGAACCUGUUUGGACCUCGCAUGGUUCUGGACCACUGCACCGAGAACUGCUCUGUCCUCACAAAGACCAAAUACACAUAUUACUAUGGAAAGAAGAAGAGCAAACGUGUUGGCCGUCCACCCGGUGGCCACACCAACCUGGAGGGUGGAGUGAAGAGAAGAGGAAGAAGGAGGAAGCGGAGGAAGCAGCUCUUUGUCCAUAAGAAGAGACGCUCGUCGGCUUCAGUGGACAACACCCCUGCUGGCUCUCCACAGGGCAGCGGAGAGGAAGAAGAUCUGGAUGAAGACGACUCCCUUAGUGAAGACUCUGGCUCAGAGCUACAAGAUGAUCUCCAGGAUGACUCAGAACAAUCAUUUGGGAAGUCUCAGCCCACCACGCCGUCCCCCUCCCCGCCAGCGACACCAAGGCCCACGCGCCGGCGCCGGAAACCCCGUUCCCCAUCAUUCUCUGAUGAUGAGAACCGCCCUCCAUCACCAAAGACCUCAAAGGCUGAGCCUCCUCAGAAGUUGUGUUUGGACACCAGCCCGCUGGAGUGGAGCGUUACGGAUGUGGUUCGAUUCAUCAGGACCACUGACUGUGCUCCUCUUGCAAGGAUUUUCCUGGAUCAGGAGAUUGACGGACAGGCGCUGCUGCUGCUGAACCUCCCAACAGUGCAAGAGUGUAUGGACCUGAAGCUGGGACCAGCCAUUAAGCUAUGCCACCACAUUGAGAGGGUCAAGCUGGCGUUUUACCAACAGUUCGCCACGUAGUUAAUGGGGAACGAUGGACAUUACUACAUCCUGUUCUGUGUAUUAAUCCUGUGAAAAACACUGUAUUUUCCCAUUCUGACUUUUUGGACACUGGAUAUCCUUUAGAAUCCUGCAUAUACCAUGCUGUGUAAGACAAGCAUGGACAUAAAAUUGACAAAGAAACAUUUCUGACAAUUGAAGAAAGGACAAAGAAGAGCUACAAAAGGUCCAAAAUAGUUCAAGUGCUUUUUGGGAAGGCACCAGUGUGGACUUAAAGACUAAAGGUUUCAAGGCAUUUCAAUCCCAUAAAUAAGCAUAAAAGCCUUUAUUAAAUUCAGCAUGUUUUGCAGGGGAGGAAAAAUGCAAGCCAUCAUCAAGGUCUUGCUUUUAAGUUGAAACAGUGUUCUAGCCAUGGUUUACUAAAGGCUUUUAACCUAUUUGUGUGUUCAGAGUGCCUCAGACUCUUCUCUUAGUUCCUUUCUUCAUGAGGCAGAGUGAAUGAGCACCUGUGUUAUAACUCCAUUGGUUUGUUGUGUCCAGUCUUGAUUUCCAACCUCUCUUGCUGUCCCUAAAAAUCAUAGCGUUUACUUGUCAUAUGAGAAUAUUUGGAGUCUACUAGCCCUCAUCUGUUGUCAGCUUGCUGGAGUUAAGAAAUGAGGUGCUUCCUGAUCUGGUGAUUUCCCCCUGAAGUCAGAUGUCACUGAAGACAUGUCCAAUGUUUUUGGUGUGGUUGAGGGUACCCAUGACUGCCCACUUCAACUGAAGCACUUAAAAGCAAACACUGGUUUUCACAAUACACCGGUUUCUUGGAGUAGAGACUGAUUGAGAUCUGGAACCUUUGUCUUAUGGUUUCUUCAAAUGAUCAGAGAUAACUUUGCACAUUGGUUAAGUAAAGAUAAAAAAAAUCAAUGGUUUGAAAGACAAAGAUUUGGUCUCAGUAUAAACACCAGAUACUGUUCUAACACCAUCCAGCAAAAUUAAGAUAUAAUCUAUUCAACGUUAUAUGUAAAGGGGAAGGGUUUUCAUCUCAAAAGAUCUUUUCAUUGUUCAGUUUACAGUGCAAGGAUUCUGUAAUGCAAGCACAAGCAAAACUAUGUACUGUAUUGUGGUAACAAAAUAUGACAGUGCAUGUUUGUAUAUAGUGUAUAUAGUGAAAUACCUUCUAGUGCAACAGGGUAAAAGAAAAAAAAGACUAUUGAGGAACUGACUUCUGCAUAAGCAAUGUCUAAAUGCCCUAAAUAUACAGUAUAUUUGCACAGAAUAGGCCUACAAUUUCUCAUGAGAUGUAUGGUUUAAAUACAUUCACAUGAUUAUUUGAGCCAUUUCAUAUCAUUGAAUAGUAAUUAUUUUUAACAACUAACUUGAUAAGUGGGCAGUUUUUAAUUAAGAAAUUCGUAAAAGGCUUUUGUAAAUCAUUUUCUCCCCUAUUUUACCAGGUCCUGUAGUGUGAUUUACUGUAAUGUGCUUCAUUUUGUGCGAGUAAAACCUCUCUGGGUUCUUUGUUCCCUUACUUGCUUGUAUUUUUCGCUGUAUUCGAAGAAAUGAAACAGCUUUUUAUCUGAUGUUUCAAGAUAUAACUGCUAUUUAAUGAGGAGACUGCAAUUAAAACGGUGAACAACGA